GAACUUUUUUUUUUCCAAGUAUGUCUUUUCCUGAUUAUUAUAACAUUCUGGAAAUACCAGAAACAGCUACUCAAGAAGAAAUACGUCAAGCUUAUAAAAAACAAGCGUUACUACACCACCCUGACCGACUUCCACCUAGUGCUUCCAAAAAAGAACGAGAAGAAGCUACUAAACGUUUUCAACAAAUCGCUGAUGCUUUGUAUGUAUUGGGUAACGAACAACGAAGAAAGGAUUAUGAUACUUCAAGAAACCGACAAGGCUUUUCAAACACUAGCGAUCCUCAUACUACAGCAUCUCAGGCUCAUCAUGUCUUUGGUAAUGUCUUUGAGGAUUUGCUCAAACCUGAAGUGGAUCGACCUGGACACACUUGGCGUAUCUUGGGUGCUGGUGCUGGUGCUGUACUUGGAUUCAUUGUCGGGAACGUAGGUGGUGCAGCUGUGGGUGCUUUGGCUGGCAAAACAUUGGGACAAAUCAGAGAUCACAAAGGUGUUUCGGUUUAUACUGCUUUUCAACGAUUGGAAUUGGAUCAACGAAGGGAUAUCCUCACGACACUUCUUACUCGAUUCUUGAUGAGUGGCUCUGCUGGUGUGAUGAAAUGAAAUAUUAGUUUUUCCUUAAUUGCCCCACCUUUUUUUUUUAUCGUCUCUACCUUGAUUUACAUUUAUUAUUAUUAUUAUUUACCCGUCAUCCUUCAUAUAAAUACUUCCC